AGACAACGAAAUUUCCAGAAUUUCUAUCAGAGAUUGGGACCAAUUAAACAUUACUUACAUGGAGAAUGAGAAUGCCUAUGCCAACCACAAAGUGAAAUUCCCUCGGGGAAUCAAACAAUUGUUCGAUGUUAUCUCCUCAGAUCACAUUAAUUCUAACAUCCCUUACAAAAAUAAAAAAUCUAGUGAAGCGUCCUAAAGCCAUGAAAUGACCUUAUUACCGCUGUAAUCCAGUUUGUCAAUGCCGGAAUUCCAGAAUUGCUAUGCAGACCAUCGAUCAACUAUGUAUUCUCUUCCACGACAGGGGAGCAUCAGAUCGAAGAGGACAGACCUCCCAAAUGCAGUUGUCAGAGCAGCGAUUAGAGAUGGCGGAGCCAUCAUUGCAACAUAUACUUCAGCCGUAAGAGAGGUUAGCGGAGAAGAAUGGGAUGAAGGGAACCAGGUUAAAAAGGAGAGCCGAUACAUAAUGGAUGUCUGAAGGAUAAGGAGUGUUGAUUUUGGACUGAACUAUUAAGUUAAUUAAACCAUCCAUUAAACAAGAGUAUAUGACUCCGAAUAUGUCUUUCUUUCCAUUCAUACCGACCGUUAAGUAGAAAGUAAAGAACCCAUGAAAUUGCUUUCAUAUUGGGGGUGAAGGUUGGCAGAACGGAACACUUACCGAUUGAUGCUCCCGUGGGCGAUAUCCAUCAAUAGGAAGAUGCAGAAGGGGACGAUUGACAUGAAGGGUUUCCGGUGGUGCGCGGUUAAGCUGAUGAGUCUGUUUCGGAUCGUAUCAAAUGGGUAGAUUAAAGAAUGAAGAAUGAUAUCAAGGGCGUAGUGGGGGAUCCAAAUUCCAUACAGGUGGGUGUAUUGAAUUUGCUUUGAAGACAAGAUACAUGAUUAUAUUACUGGUUAGGAAGUUUUUUCUUUUUCCAAACUCAAAGCUCCCUGGACAUCAUCAUUGCCCAUCAGGACAGACGCUACGACUGUAUAUAAUUGGUGAAUCAAAUGAAGCCGAAGCCCAAUAUUACAUCCCCCUACCGGAAUUCUAACACCAAAAUUCCUCAGCCCGUGCGCGCUCCAUGGAGACCCUCCUCUGGCUCCUGCUUUGCUAUCUCAUCAUCUCCGCAUUCCUUCAAUACCUCGUAUCCUCUUACGAGGAGGCGGAUUCUCGUGAUUUAGCUGUGCUCACAUCUCUCAAAGACCAGUGGAAAAACACGCCUCCAAGUUGGGGGAAAUCAGAUGAUCCUUGUGGAGGAUCCUGGGAAGGAGUAACCUGCAAAAACUCUAGGGUUACUGCAUUGGGAUUGUCAACCAUGGGACUGAAAGGAAAUCUAAAUGGUGAUAUCGGGGGGCUGACUGAACUAAUAUCCCUAGACCUGUCAUUUAACCGAGACCUCACAGGCUCUAUCUCUGAAAGGAUUGGAGAUCUGCACAAACUAAGCAUAUUGAUUCUUGCUGGGUGUAGCUUUAGUGGCAGUAUACCUGCUGAACUUGGAAAACUUUCAGAUUUGUCCUUCUUAGCACUCAACUCAAAUAACUUCACUGGUGAAAUUCCAGCAUCUUUGGGUAAUCUAUCCAAACUCUACUGGCUUGACCUGGCUGAUAAUCAGUUGACUGGAUCUCUCCCUGUUUCAACAGUCAAAGAUCCGGGACUGGAUCUUCUUAGAAAGGCAAAACACUUCCAUUUCAACAAAAACCAGCUUUCGGGCACAAUUCCUUCUGAAUUGUUUAGCACCAACAUGGUGCUCAUACAUAUAUUAUUUGAUGGGAAUCAAUUUAGUGGGAGUAUACCAUCCACAAUAGGACUUGUCCAGACAAUUGAGGUUCUCCGGCUUGAUAGAAAUUUCCUUAAUGGUAGUAUCCCCUUGAAUCUCAACAAUCUGACAAGCAUGAUAGAAUUAAACAUGGCACAUAACAAGCUGUCUGGCUCGCUACCUGACCUGAAUGGAAUGAACUCCCUUAAUUACUUGGAUUUGAGUAACAAUUCCUUUCAGCAGUCGGAAGCUCCCGGCUGGUUUUCAACCCUACGAUCACUUACAACUCUGGUGAUCGAAUAUGGCUCACUUCAGGGACCAGUACCUCAGGAACUUUUCAGUUUCCCCCAGAUUCAACAACUGAAGCUUCGGAACAAUGCCUUUAAUGAUACUUUGAAUAUGGGUAGUAGCAUAAGUCACCGAUUGCAACUCGUGGAUUUCCAAAACAAUGAGAUAUCAUCGGUAACCCUUGGCUCAGGGUACAGAAAGACACUGAUAUUAAUAGGGAACCCAGUUUGCACCUCCCCACUUGCUAAAACUGACUAUUGUCAGCUUCAGCAACAAGCUGCAAACCCGUACUCUACCAGUCUAGCCAACUGUGGAAGUAAAUCAAUUUGUUCAUCUGAUAAAAAACUUAGCCCGCAAAGUUGUGACUGUGCGUACCCAUAUGAAGGAACAUUAUACUUCAGGGCACCCUCCUUCAGGGAGUUGUCCAAUGUUGAAUUGUUCCAGUCUCUUGAAAUGAGUCUUUGGGUAAAAUUAGGACUCAACCCUGGCUCUGUCUCUCUGAUGAACCCCUUUUUCAACAUGGAUGACUAUCUUCUGGUGCAUGUGGAACUCUUUCCAUCUGCAGGAAUGUAUUUCAACAGGUCAGAAGUUCAGAGAAUUGGAUUUUUCUUAAGUAAUCAGACAUUUAAGCCACCUCCGAAAUUCGGGCCUUACUAUUUCAUAGCAUCUCCUUACACUUUUCCAGCUGAGCAUGGUGGAACAUCCAUAAUAAGCUCAAGGCUGGUGAUUCUCGGAGUAACUGUUGGUUGUGUGGUUUUGGUUCUGUUGCUCACUGGUUUGGGAGUUUAUGCAGUUCAGCAAAAGAAACGUGUUGAAAGACCAAUUGAGCUGAUAAGACCUUUUGCAUCUUGGGCUCCAAGCAACAAAGAGAGCUGCGGCAUACCCCAUCUUAAAGGGGCGAGAUGGUUCUCUUAUGAUGAAGUUAAGAAAUGCACGAACAACUUUGCUAAGAGCAAUGAGGUUGGUUCCGGGGGAUAUGGCAAGGUGUAUAGAGGAAUACUCUCAUGUGGGCAAGUGGUGGCCAUUAAAAGAGCUCAACAUGGAUCAAUGCAGGCGGGACUAGAAUUCAAAACUGAAAUCGAAUUACUUUCUCGGGUCCAUCACAAGAACCUUGUUGGUCUUGUGGGAUUUUGUUUUGAACAAGGAGAACAAAUGUUGGUGUACGAAUUUAUGUCAAAUGGAAGCUUAAGGGCAUGUUUGUCAGGGAUGAGAGGCAUUAAUAUUGAUUGGAAGAGGAGACUUAGCAUAGCUCUUGGUUCAGCCAGAGGAUUAGCUUAUCUACACGACCUAGCUAAUCCUCCCAUUAUUCAUGGAGAUGUGAAAUCCUCAAAUAUUCUACUGGAUGAAAACUUAACCGCUAAGGUUGCUGAUUUUGGCAUGUCCAAGCUUGUAAGUGAUGCCACAAAAGGACAUGUAUCCACUCAAGUCAAAGGCACAUUGGGUUAUUUGGAUCCGGAAUACUAUAUGAGCGAACAGCUAACGGAGAGAAGUGAUGUAUACAGCUUUGGUGUUGUAAUGCUUGAGUUGAUCACAGCCAAACAGCCAAUUGAAAAGGGAAAGUACAUUGUGCAAGAGGUUAAGGUGAACAUCAAGGAUGGGGAGGAACAUGUUGGGCUAAGGGAGAUGAUGGAUCCUGGUAUAAGAAACCCCACUGCGACAAGCUCUAUAUCUGGAUUGGUUAAGUUUAUAGAGUUGGCAAUGCAGUGCGUGGAAGAAUCAACUGUUGAGCGGCCAACAAUGAGUGAAGUAGUGAAGGAACUCGAAACCAUCCUCCUCCUAGAUCAGAACCAUGAUGAUGAUAAUGAUGCUGAUGGGCUGAACACAGCAUCCUCCACGUCAGCUUCCUCCUCCGCCACACACUUCGGAUCAUCAACAAGAACCGAUAUCCCCCUUUCACACCUGGACAAAGAUUAAUGCCUUUGAUUAUAGUGGCAUGGGAAGUCUCACAUUCGGAGCAACAACUGAACCCAAAUAAACCCGCUGUCCCCGGCGUUUUGGAUUUAUAUGUCAACAGUUUUGCUAUAGAUAUAUAUAUAUAUAUAUAUCGAUAGAUGCAAAUCAUGCCUAUUAUCCUAUAUUGGGAGGGGGGCUUGGACCGUCUAGGUCGAAGUUUUCCAUUGCGCACCACCACCACCAUUGUUGUUAUCUGUGUAAUUGUUAGCAUUAGUGUUAUUAUUAUUUAAAUUGCUAUUAUUGUUGUGGUUUAAGCUAUCACCACCACCAUCAUCAUUCUUACCAUUCCUAGUUUUCAAUUUUAUUAUUUUCCAUCAUUUGCAAUGGAGCCAAAGAUUCACUAUUUUUUGGCUUGAGAAUAUGAUGGAAUAAAGCAAUAUGACUCACCAAACUGUAUGCACUUCGUUAUUGUGAACUAACAGUCCGUCCAUGUAUUUUCUCUUUGUGCUUUGAUACAGGGGUAAGAUUGCGUACAUUCUAUUCCCGUUCUUUGCCAACAUCUCCACCUCGUUUUGCCCGUGAUUGGCCUCCAUCUCUUGGCCAAAAUAGUGCAUAAACUCGUACCGUCCAAAAGCAAACUGCAUCCACACCAUUAUCAUCUGAAUAAAUUUGAGUUCUUACCAUGACCGUCCUCAUCAAACGUCUUCGUCCAAACCAAGCGGAAUACAGUCGCUACCCAAACAUGCUCGACAACUAAGCAGAGCCACCGAAAAAAACUUUGCCGCUGCCAAAACCCUAUUUGAACCUAGGCAUAAAGUCAUAAACCCUAAGCACCUGUCCAUAACAUAGUACGUAUAUAAUGGGUUUCAGUUUUUAUGCCACCAUUUCUAUUCUCUAAUGAAUGUUUC